CUUCCUUUCAUCCCUUUUUAUUUCUUUAUUUUUAAUCACUAAUGUCCUUCAAAUCAAAACAAAGAGCAAAACAUGGUCAUUUAUUUGGUGAUGAUCCUUUGAAUGCUACUGCUACAACAACAUCACUGAAAUCACCUGAUCCUGUAUCUUCUAGAAAAAGUCAGUCCAAGUCACCUUUAGAUCCUUUAUCACGGUCCAGUUCACCAGGUAGUAGUUCAACUUCUUCUACUGGAAGCAUUUUUGGUGGUAUCGAUGUCAGCAAGUUCGGCAACAAACGGAACAACCUACGUUCCUCUACUUCCUUACGACCAUCAGCUUCAUUGAAACUAAUUGAUGACGAUGACGACAGUACUCAUCAUAUAGACGAUAACGACGACGAUGAUGACGACGACUUUUUAUUUGGUGGAAAAAGAAAAACAACAUCAAACUUAGCAACAAGGAAAAGUACUUCAACAUCACCAAGGAUAGCAAAUCAAUCUACUUCCUCCCCUCGACUCAGUCAAUCUACACUUAUACCAAUACAACCUACAUCACAAUCGUCCUCUGGUACUCAACCUCAACAAACGUCGCAAGUUUCAUCACCACCGUUACCACCGCCUAGAGUGAACUCAUCUUCUUCUCUUAACUCACAGUCUUCAUCUCAACCAAAACACUCUGAUACACCGAAGAAACAACCACCUCCUUUGCCACCGGCUCGACGACCUGCAUCCAUAUCAUCAAGAACUCCUAUUUCUUCUUUGGUAUCUUCUUCCACUUCUUCUCUUUCCUCGUUUCCAUCUUCUACGUCUUCUUCACCUAUCUUGGGCAAUCCUCAACAAUCAUCUGCUAGUAUACCUCCACCACCUCCUCCUCGUGUCCACAAAAAACAUCAACAACAGGAUUUAUUACGCCAAAUAGAGUCAUCCGUGGAAUAUAACAACAACAACAAUGAUGAUGAUGAUGAAGAGACUCGUAACUUACAACGACAAAAGGCCGCCAUGAUGGAAGAUGAAGCAACUCGUGCAUUUGCAAUGGAAUCUUCGGUUUUAUCUCCAUCUACCAUGUUGAUGAACUAUGAUGAUGAUCCAGAACUCUAUGCAUCAGUGACCCAGUUCCAUUCUUUAGCCAUCACUGGAUCUUCAAGUACACCGACUAGUAAGAGGAACGUGACCAGCAUACCCCGCUCGAAUCCUAUGAUCUCCAGCAAUAAUAAUAAUAGUAGUAAUCCUUGGGACAACACAGCGGCUUUCUUGACACCAACCAUGAGUACACCUUUUCCCACCAGUAAUCAUACAAAACAAGAUUUGGAAAAGAAUUGGAAGGAAAUCGAGCCAGCAAAACGAGCAGCAUUUGCGGAUUUGAUAGAGAAUUGGCAUUCAUCCAAGAAUGCAGCACAUGAAAACGGUUGCAAUGACGAUGAAGAUGAUUUUUUGAAAUAUGUGGCUAGUGAACAACGUGAUAUUGGUUUUGCUGGGAUUGAUGAUGGCUUAAAGGAUGAUCAUUCAAGAGUCUCUUCUUUUGGUUGGCGACAAGAUAUGUUGGACGAAAAUCCUUGGUCCUGAUACUUUUUUUAUGAUUCCUUUUAUAUUGGUUUGGUUCUUUUGGGAUGUAGUUUAGAAUACAUUUUGUAUACCUGUGUAUUGGUUAAUGAUUGAUGAAAAUAAAAAAUGACCCACUUUUUCAAAAAAAAAAAAAUUGAUUGUAUUUGAUAGAUG